AUGUCUUCGCGGGGUCCAUCUGGUCCUCCAUCUGGUCCUCAAUCUGGUUCUCCACCCGUCAGUGAUGGAGAUUCUUGGGGUACUGGUAGUGAUGCUGAGCAGACUUUCUGGGAUGAUGUUACAUUAGAGUUAGCUACCCAAACGGGUCAAGUCACCGAAGAAGUUAAGGAACUCUUGAGCACACAAGCUACACGGUUCACGUUCGAGACUCUCCUCAGCGCCAACAACGGCGUGGCAAUGAUCAUCAGGGAGAGACUAGAUAACGGGCAAGAGCGAAAGUUCGUACUUAAAGCAGCGGCAGGUAUUGGCUCCGAGCAUAGUAUUAGAAAUGAGGCCGCGUGGCUACACCGCCUUCGAUAUGCAGCACACGUCAGUACCCCUAUUUACCUGAGUAAUGAUCCACUUACACCCCUUAAAGUCCCUUACUUCCUAGCGGAGUAUGUCGCACACGGGACGCUCCGUCAAUUUCAAGAGAGGGCAAUGAGAGCUAACCAGAUUAUACCGAACCGAAUCAUGUGGUCUAUAUUUGCUUGCCUGAUACGAAGCUGUAUAGCAAUGGCUUACCAUCCUCCAGGCCCGCAUAUACAAUUAGAGGAUACGCAAGUCGGAGAGCCGUCGAGCCUCGCCCAUAAUGAUAUGCAUGGAGAUAAUUUUGUUUUUGGUAUGCUCGAAAGGACAAGACUAUUAUCUAUGGGCGGUACUAUGUAUCUCCACGAACACGCUCUUUUACCACCACUAAAACUGAUAGACUUCGGUCAAUCGUCAGAUUCUAUGACAGCAUAUCCUACGGAGGUAAAUGAGCAAUUGCUCCCAGAAUAUGACGAUCUAUUGGGGUUAGCAAACUACCGGCCAGAAACUGGGAGACGAAACCAAGGCAUUGAUCAAAAUCUACUAGAUAUAGGGCUUGUUAUGAUUCGAUUAUCAAACGCGCGGACGAGAGUUACUCUAGAAGAGGCGCGUCUCUGGAUACGACACCCCGGUAUUCGUCCUGACCUCGAUCCUGAUCUUCGACUCUUGAUCCAAAGGUGUCUUGCCGUUGAUCCUCUCAACAGACCCCGAUUGGAGGAAUUGAAUAUGAUUAUCAACAAUGGUUAUUUCGGUAAGACUGCGGAUCACUAUGGCGAAGCCGGACAAGGGAACGGACUUGAAUCUGAUGAGACGUUGAGACGUAUUGUGUCCGCGUAUAUCUUGGAUGCUGAUACCUCUUGA